AUGCGCUAUCUCAUUACGGGCGAGGGUUGGUUCUGGCUAAGGAAGACUACUGCUCAGGUGGGGCUGGGGAAGUGUGGAGGGGAGCCAAGAGGGGUGUGCUACCAGGGUGGGGCCGAGGGGGCUCUUGGGGCUGGGACAAAACUUGCACCAGUGGAGGUGGUGGGUAGCUGGGGCCUUGGGAUUGCUCCAUGGGAUGGUGGAGUCUCAGAGCUGGACCUCGGGAGGAUGGGGAAGGGUUAGGGAUGGGAGGACCUUGGAGACACCAGGAGGGAUAGGACAGAACACCCAGAGAGCCUCCUCUUCCAGCUUUUAAAUCGCCUCUCUCCUCAUGCAGAAUACUGCCUCUCCUACUAAUUGUUCAAGACGUGGCAUGGGCAUGGCCUGGCCACCCAGCAACCCAGUCCCUCUGUGUUCUGA